ACAGAUACUGGAUAAAUCUUCACCUAUGAGUGGCAGGUGUGGUCCAUUGGAAUCAUUGGUACUCAAAUGGAAGUGGUGCACAAUGCUAUUAUUGAUAUUAUUCAUGCAAUUUAAACAUGCCAAAUUUCAUUUGUUUCUUUCUAAUGCAACUUCACUGUUUUUCCUUUUCCUCUUAACAGAUUGGAAACACCUUUGGACCUCAAUAUUUGCUCAAGUUAUAUCUGGCUGGGGCAAUUGGAGGAUCAGUGUUCUACUUGGUGCACCAUGCAUAUUUGGCUUUAGCAUCAAAGGGACACACAGGGUGGAGGAUGGACCCAUCCAAGACCCCAGGAUUGGGGGCAAGUGGAGCUGUUAAUGCUAUCAUGCUGCUUAAUAUAUUCCUAAAUCCAAUGGCUACUCUUUAUUUUGACUUCAUCAUACCUGUUCCUGCCAUGUUGCUGGGCAUCUUUCUAAUUGGAAAAGAUUUGUGGAGAAUGACAGAGGGAAAUAAUCAUAUUUCAGGGGCAGCUCAUUUGGGGGGUGCCGCGGUUGCAGCCAUAGCCUGGGCUCGAAUUAGGAGGGGUCGCUUCUAAUUUUCUAAAUUCAUAUUAGUUUUGGUAAAACCUUGGUCUCCCAAUAUUGAUGUUAGUGACUGCAUUCUAGUAGUGUUUUUUUUGGGCCAGCAUUCUAUUAGUGUUUUUUUUUUUGGGCCAACAUUCAAGUAGGUUUAUUCCAUUUUCUGCUUCUUCCAACCUUGAACCACAAUAUUGGCCAUUGCAUAUGAAUUUAUCUUCUAAAAUAUAAAAUAAGGUUGGUAUUGCCUUACUGAAAGUGUUAAGUCAUGAUAUUCCUCUACUCUCAAAUGGGUCUCGCAGUUGGACAAUUAGGGAUUACCUCCUGAAAACGAAGGUGGGAAGAAAAGUUCUGAUCGAGAGUUGUGUCAAGGGCAAAAAAUACGCUAAAAAUUAUAAUUCCAUCCUUGGUAUGGAAUUGAACCAUGUAAAUAUCAAAAUAAUCUUCGCUAUUUUUU